UCUGCAUUUCCGGGACAAUCCCAGACAAUCCGGGAUGUAUGGCGUGUAUGACUGGGACCUAAUCAAUAGUGACACUUUAAGUCGGCAACAUUAUGACAGUCUUCCAAUAUGGUGCAUAGAGCGUACAAAAUAAUUUGCUUUAAUGGUUCCAUUUGCAUGAGUUUGUGCUUAAGACAGAUUGAGUUGAAAUCAAAGAAAUGGUACGAGUUUCCCCCAGUCUGUACAAACCCCGAACAGCCAAGAGGAUCAAGGAUGCGUUUGCAAGGAAGGGUAUUUAUAGAGUGGGCACAAUACAGGGCUAUGCAGAUGCUAUCCUGAAAGAGAAGGGCGUGGAAGUGGUCGAUCCGAUGACCUAUCUUUACCCGCCAGCCCCCGAGUGGGUCCCACCGGAAGACAUACCAGACAACUGGCUGGCAAAGAGACCCGCGGUUGAGGACGUACGUGAAAAAAAGAAAGUGUGGCACGUACAUCGCCUGUCGGCAUUCACUGAAGGUAUGCAGCAAGCUUGUCUUCUCACAAAGUCUCAGCUGUUUACUGGCCUGCCCCCUGCUAUCAAUGACCUGGUGGGCAAGUACAGAGUCAGCGAUCAGGAUGAUGAAGCAAAGCGACAAAUAUUGGCAUCACAAGUGUGGGACAACACAAGAGAGAAACUUCCAAAGAGAUUUGAUUUGGAGAACCUUGAUUGGGUUUUCCGCAGAGAAUAUGGCAUUCCAGAGAAUAAAUCCUCAUUGAUUUUGCUUAAUGGAUUCCUGCAAAUGGCACAGGCCAUGAAUGAAGAAUUCCCAGAACUAUAUACCGAAAGAUUGCUUGUGUACGAGCCUCAGUUUUCAACCUUCUACAAAUACAAAGAGGACAAUAUCCACAUGGCCUGCAAGUUCAAGGCAGGGGUCAUGGGGUCAAGGCCGCUGACACCCCUGGGAGACAGUGCCCUAGUUGAGGCCUCCAAAGAACACACCCCCUUUGACAUGUAUCCCAUCAGCCCAUUGGUGGAUUUACAGGAACAGGAGGUGUUGAGCACAAAGGAAACACAUGGCUUCCUGCGGCCCAACAGCAGUGUACGCUGUUGCUACCCCCAGCUGACAUUGAACGUGUUCCCAGGCAAGCUACUGCACAUGGACAAGACUGCCCAACCUUUCAGCUUCCUAAACACAUUCGCAGUUGCUGUAGAAGAGGCCAGGAGACGAUUUGGGCCCAGUGCAGGUGUCCUCAAGGAGCCAGUGACCAUCUUGAACAUCAACUGUUCCCCUCUUACCUUCAACUUUCUCGUGGUGCAGCUCAAUACCCUUGACUUCACGUCCGACAACGGCAUCAAAAACUUUGUCUGGUCCGACUCGGCCAAUCACCUCAUAAGAAAGACUUUGUGCAAGCCUUGGCUACAUUCGAAGCGCAAGUAUGGGCCCCCGAAGUUAUGGGAUUACAAUCCGCAAGUGUUUGAGAAGUUUUUAGCGAUGUACUUGUAUAACUUUGCCAGCGCCAAGCCCUCUUAGAUGAUUGGAUCAAUCAUAAUAUGAGUUUUGAAUAAAAUGUGUAUGCAAA